GGAUGGAGGCGCCGGCGAGCGCCCGCUGCCCGCUGCUGGAGGACAGCUUCAGCCGCCUGUCGUCGCAGAGCAACAUGUACGGGUUGGCGGCCUUCGCCAAACCCGAGGGCGGCCACGACCUGCUGGCGGCCACCCUGAAGGGCAAAGUCAUCAGCUUCAGGUACCAGAGCCUCCGACAGAAAAUCAGGCCCCUGGCAAAGGAGGUUCAGUUCACCUACAUCCCAGUCGACGCAGAAAUUGUUUCCAUCGACGCUUUUAACAAGUCGCCCCCCAAAGGCGGUCUGGUGGUGGGGAUCACGUUUAUUAAGGAUUCCGGGGACAAAGCGAGUCCGUUCCUUAAUAUCUACUGUGAUUACGAACCUGGAUCGGAAUACAAUCUGGACUCGAUCGCCCAAAGCUGCUUGAAUCUGGAGCUUCAGUUCACUCCCUUCCAACUUUACCACGUGGAGGUGAGGUGUAGCGGACAAUACGAGACAGUUUUCCUACUCAGUGGCCAUGAUCAGCGCAUCCACCUGUACAAAGAGAACGGCGCUCUGCACCAGUUUGAGGAAUGGCCGAUAGAGAUGCUGUUCCCGGAGCUGACGGAGUUACCCAGUCAUGUGCUGUGGUUGGAUGUGGUGAACAUUGCGGGCAGCUCCCAGCCCAGGAGACUGACCGCCUAUGGCUGCCAGAGUGGGCUGGUCAGUGUUUCCCACGUCAACCAGGACACAAAAGAGAUCCUCCAGAGUUGGAGCAUUCAGCAGGACGGGCCGAUCUCCACUGUCCUCCUCUUCACGUUAUCGAGCUCGGGCAGAGAUACUCGCAGCCCCCCGGCCCCCCGGCCCAGCACAGUUUCCUGGAAGGAUGAAGUUGGAAAGUGUUUGGAAGAUUACAGCCUAUUAGUGACCUCUACUAUCGAGCUCUCAGUUGUUUACAGGGACGUGUUGAAGCAUGGUCUCGCUGAUCAGUGGAUUUUACCUGAAAGCGAUCAGUUUGACAGCGUCCUUUGUGCCUUAGUCACCGACGUGGAUUUUGACGGAGUGAAGGAAAUCCUCCUGGGAACUUACGGGCAGGAGCUGCUGUGUUACAAGCACUGGGCCUCGGAGGGCCUGGGGGCCGAGGCGGGGGAGUGGGGGACACAGCCUGAACCCCGGGGUCAGUACCAGCUGCUGUGGAAGAGGAGCUUCCAAAGUCCGCUGCUGUCACUGGACUAUGCUGACCUGACCGGCGAUGGACUGUGUGAGCUCAUUGUGGUGUCACUGAGAGGGUUGCACAUCUUACAGCACAGUGUGUGUCAGACGGCAGAGCUGGUGAUGGAGCGACUGGGGCGAGGGUUGGGGCGGUUGUUGGGGAGGGGGGACGAGGAGACGCGGAGAGCUGUUCCCGGGGACCAGCCACGGAAAGAUCCGGAAGGAAACCACUGAAUGUAAUCACCGGCAUUAAACUUGUGAAGCUUUUUUUCCCCCAAAAAA